CACGUCUGCCCCUGCAGUUUGCCCUGGUAGGCUCUGGCCAGUUACUUGUCCGGAGGGCCGCUGUAUCGAGUGCGACCUUCCAAAGAACAAGAAAAAUCUGAGACAUUGUUAGAAACCAGAAGAGCCUUGAGAGACAUGAUAACUGUGAUAUCCUGGAUACAAUUCUAGAAAAGAUAAAGGAUAUUAGGUAUUGCUUAGGAUGAAUGUGAUUUGGAGAAGCUAUAUUUGCAAUAUAAGACUAAGAAAGGUGCCAUUCAGAUGCCAAAGUGGUAACCAUCCAGUGGCUCCCCUGGGGUCAAGAAUUUUAACUGACCCAGCCAAAGUUUUUGAACACAACAUGUGGGAUCACAUGCAGUGGUCUGAAGAAGAAGCAGCAGCUGCCAGAAAAAAAGUAGAAGAAAACUCAGCUGUGCGAGUGGAGCAGGAAGAGCAAGUUAAGUAUGAAAAUGAAGCUAGUAAAUACUGGGACACAUUUUACAAGAUUCAUAAGAAUAAAUUUUUCAAGAAUCGUAAUUGGUUGUUGAGGGAAUUUCCUGAAAUUCUUCCAGUUGAUCAAAAAGCUAAAGAGAAGAUGGGAGAACUACCAUGGCAUCUUGCCGAAACUAAUGCCACAAACUGUUUCUCAAGAGUGCCAGAAGAGAAAGAACAGUAUGAGAAAAGCUCUGGUUCGUUGGAUGGCCAAAGCAAAGAAGAGUCUGGUGGUCUCAACCUCAACUCCAAAGAGCAGAGCAAAGGACUCCUGAAGACCGAUCUAUUUCCUGGCAGCGGUGCUACUUUCAGGAUACUAGAGGUUGGCUGUGGUGCUGGAAAUAGUGUUUUUCCAAUUCUGAACACCUUACAGAAUACUCCAGAAUUCUUCCUUUAUUGUUGUGAUUUUGCCCCUGGAGCUGUGGAGCUUAUAAAGUCGCACUCAUCCUACAGAGCCGCCCCAUGCUCUGCCUUUGUUCAUGAUGUAUGUGAUGAGGGCUCACCCUACCCUUUCCCAGACGGUAGCCUGGAUGUCGUUCUCCUGGUCUUUGUGCUCUCUUCUCUUCAUCCUGACAGGAUGCAAGGUGCUGUGAAUCGACUGUCUAAAUUACUGAAGCCUGGGGGAAUGCUGCUCUUUCGGGACCACGGAAGAUAUGAUAUGACUCAGCUUCGUUUUAAAAAGGGGCAUUGUUUAUCUGAAAACUUUUAUGUUCGAGGAGAUGGUACCCGAGCAUAUUUCUUUACAAAAGGGGAAGUCCACCAUAUGUUCUGCAAGGCCGGAUUAGAUGUAAAGCAAAAUCUGGUUGACCAUCGCUUACAAGUUAACAGGAAAAAACAAGUGAAAAUGCAUCGAGUAUGGGUUCAAGGAAAAUUCCAAAAACCACUGCACUGAACUCAAAAUAGUUCUUAAUUACUAUUUUUCACUCGUCUCUCAUGACUGAAAUGUGUAUCAUACUAAGACAUAAAACCAAAGGACUCUGCCAUUUAAGGAUUCCAGGAAAUCUUUUGUUUCUCAAAAGAUAGCGAGAAGAAAAUAGAAUUUGUGUUUCUUGGUGUUAUAUCACAAGUGAGCUCUUCAUGCAUUUUAAGCAUGAAAGUUGUUCUGGAGAAGUGUACUACUUUAUUGUAUCCUCAAAACUUGAUAUGUGCAAGCUUGUGCAUCUAACCAUUUGGUUUGUUCUUUGAAUUUUGUAAGCAUUCAAUUAGAUUUCCGAUAUAAGCCAUACUUUGGACAAACUAUACUGUGCCACAUUUUUUUUUAAAAGUAGGACAGUCCUAUGAUAUUUUUUUCCUUGUCUCUUGUUUUCUUU